CGACAAGAGAAAGCUAUUCCACCAUCGAGCAUGGCCUCGGUGGCAGCAUGGCUGCCAUUCGCCCGUGCAGCGGCGAUUGGUUGGGUGCCGAUCGCGACACAUCCACUGCCACCGCCGCCGAUUCCAAAGGAUCGUCGCAAAGCCGACGACGAGAAGCUGUUGAUAAACGUGAGCGGUCGUCGCUUCGAGACUUGGCGGAACACCCUCGAGAAGUAUCCGGACACUCUUCUCGGUUCGAACGAGCGCGAGUUCUUUUACGACGAGGAGAGCAAAGAGUACUUCUUCGACCGUGAUCCAGACAUUUUCCGUCACAUUCUCAACUACUACAGAACCGGUAAGCUUCACUAUCCGAAGCACGAAUGCCUGACGAGCUACGACGAGGAGUUGGCGUUCUUCGGUAUACUUCCGGACGUGAUCGGCGACUGUUGCUACGAAGACUAUCGCGAUCGGAAACGGGAGAACGCGGAACGUUUGAUGGACGACAAGCUGAGCGAGAAUGGCGAUCAGAAUCUUCAACAACUGCUGGACAUCAGGCAAAAGAUGUGGAGGGCGUUCCAGAAUCCACACAUCUCGACGGCGGCUUUGGUGUUCUACUACGUGACCGGUUUCUUCAUCGCCGUGAGCGUGCUGGCGAACGUGGUCGAGACCGUGCCGUGCGGUAAUCGUCCGGGACGCGCCGGUACGCUUUCAUGCGGCGAACGUUACAAGAUCGUCUUCUUCUGCCUGGACACUGCGUGCGUCAUGAUAUUCACCGCGGAGUAUCUGUUGAGGCUGUUCGCGGCGCCGAGCCGGUGCAAGUUCGCGCGAUCGGUCAUGUCCAUCAUCGACGUGGUCGCCAUACUCCCGUACUACAUUGGUCUCGGUAUCACCGACAACGACGACGUAUCCGGUGCUUUCGUUACGCUGCGCGUCUUCCGUGUGUUCCGGAUCUUCAAGUUCUCCAGACACUCGCAAGGUCUCAGGAUCCUCGGUUACACCCUGAAGUCCUGCGCGUCAGAACUCGGUUUCCUCGUCUUCUCCCUGGCCAUGGCCAUCAUCAUAUUCGCCACGGUGAUGUUCUACGCGGAGAAGAACGUCGACGGGACGAACUUCACCUCGAUUCCUGCCGCAUUCUGGUACACCAUCGUUACGAUGACUACCUUAGGGUGAGUUGUAUACAUGUUUCUCUUACGUUUAAUCUAGCGUGUCUUAGUUGACGAAAGUAAUUUACUCGUUUAUCCUGUAACGACUUAACCUCACGUGACCGGCGAUAAUUCACGUUCAUUUUUCGUUGUCGAACUUGUACGAUUCGAUUAGAAAAUUAGUAAUUUAUAUAGUCGGUGUUUAUCCAACGAUAUCUCUUCCCUUUGACAAAGAAGCAGCAUAUCUCGUAGCCCUGGCUAGAUAUACGUGUCGAAUGAAACAGAAGUAACGGGUGCAUCUGUGAAAGUAAUUGGCUCCGUGUAAACCGCCCGAAGCUGGAACAAGCACCGGUCUCCAGUGAUAUUUUUAAACAGAGGUCGUUGUCGACCUUUUUACCUCGAAGGGCCUCGCUGCUUUCUCUAAAUAUCCGCAGCAUAGUAGAAGCACCGUCCUCGAAUACCCCCACUGACAAUAUCUUAUAUACUUCGCUCUCGUGCUUCACCGCUUUUCGUUUCCAUCGUAAACUCGUCUCUCUUCGACCUUUCAGAUCCUUUCAAUUCCCUUGUUUGCCAAUUGUUUCUUAAUUACUCUGCGAAAGAAGUUGAUUUUCUAUCGCGAAUUCAAUUCCCCUUUAUGUUCGCUUCGGUCUUCCAGAGACGUGUUUCAUUUUAUGAUAAUUCUUAGCUGACAUCGUUCGACAUUGGAGACUACGAAGCGUUCAGAUUUUCAAUCGUUUACUCGUGGAAUUAAUAGUAAUACGAAUUUUCUCGGUACAAAUGGAGCGAAUUUCGUCGUCCCUCGCUGUCGAAAAUAAUAAUAAUAAUAAUAAGGGGAGCAUGAUGAUAGUAGGGGCAAUGGAAAGACACGGUCUGUCCGUUCUUCAGACAACGUCUUGUCUCUGUCUUCCUCUGUUUCUACCCGUAACGUACGAAACGAAAUCUAUGUAUUUUCAUUUCGUUCUCGCAAUGGACAGCUGACAAUCAGCGUGGUCUUAGUCGCGCAGCCGGUGGUCUGGUUUAGAUGGUCGUGUCAUUGGCGCGCCAGAGGCCAAAUUCGUGUUCACGUCGUACGUCCAAUGCGAAAUGCUUCCGGUUGAUCACCCGGUUUCCCUCGGUUUUCAUUUAUCGUCAUCCAAUCGGAAAUUUUUAGGAGACGUGUAAAACGGUCGAAAUUAGAACGGUAAAUUUCGGAGACUUCUUUAUUAUUUGCAAACGAACGGUGUCGGUCCGAUCGUUUCAAAAAGUCACUGCGCCUCCUUCUCGGUUCUUUUCACGAUCAUGCUGACAGCAUGCUGACAUGUAGUCUCCUGCUGGGUUAUGAAGUUUUCAAGGUAUCGAAUCGGCUAGGAAUAGUUGAUAGAUUUGAUAACGCGAUUCAGAAUAUCCGCGUGGAAUCGUUCUGUGGCGAGCUCGAGCGAAAAACGACAGUUUGUCGAUUGAUUAAAUAACUUUUCUGAUCGAAGAAUGUGCGACGUUCAUUAUGCAGAUGGAAGAAUAUAUGAGAUUCAUUAAGAGAUAAUUACAAUUCCGUUAUUCGCAAUGCAAUCGUUCAGACACGCGCGUUUUACCCAAUGGAAUUAUACGUAUAUUACAUCUUCCUCGUUCAUUAUCGUUAUUUAGACUGCUUCCUGUCUGUCUUUUCCUUCAUUCGUCGUUUCAUUCUUCUCUCUCUCUCUCUCUCUCUCUCGUGUAUUCAUUUACGUAUCACAGAACGCUACCUUUGACAUAGUGCACCGUUAAAUUGUUUCGCGCUUUCGAAUAUAACGCCACCGCUAACAGAAAUCGAUCAAAAUUUAGGUGCGAAUCUGCGGUCUCGAAUUUUCAACGUUCGCGAUAUUCGAGGGAAAGCAUGCGUAUUUGUGACUGACCUUUUCUUUUUUGUUUUCAAUUCACUAAAGAACUAAAAGCGCAAAAAUUUGUUAUAUUUUUAGCGUGAAAAAGUUUGAAAAUAUACGUAGAGAUUGCAAGAAAAAUUCAUUUCUCAGAGUGCACAAGGAUAUUUAAAUAUUUAUUAAAUAUUAAAUAUUAUCUAGAAUAUUAACAAGUUUCAAUAUUUAAUAACACUUAUAUUAAACUUGCAACUCAGCCUAUGGAUCAAUUUGUAUCUUCUAUAUAUAUAUAUAUAUAUAUAUUUUCAGAUUAGUUUCUUUUGCCGAUAUAAUAAAGGCUUCUAGUAUUAAUAAUUAA